AUGGCUUCUCAUCAGCUUCGCAUUUCCGCAGUUGAUUUCAUAGGAGAAGACAAGGAAAUUGUUCGGGUCGCAAAGCCUGAUAUUUUGUAUGACGAUCUUGAGCAUUACCAUGAUUGGCUUGCAACUCUCGUUGAAAGAGUAAACGAAGCCUUACAGCCAGCGCUUCCAGGUAAGAAAUGGGCUAUUACGAUGAACAAAUAAUGUCCCAACUGGCUAACCCUAUAAAGUAACCCUAUAUAUUAACAUGAUGUUAACUAUUUUCGAGGACGAUCGACGAAAAUUGAGGAUCCAUGUGUUCCAGAGAAAUAUGUUCUACAUUUUCUUGCUAGCCUAUUGGAACUAACAGAUGAAGUUGUGUCUCCGCACAGUAUUUCAUACACUUGUCACCGUGCUGUUCCAUAUUGUGUCCGAGCAAUAAGGGUUAAUUAUCGUGUGCAUUCAUUGACAGCUCUAAAAAACGUACUAGAAGUGCAACAAAAAGUUAAGCUGAGUCCAAAAGUGGCUUUUUGUCACUACGAGCAGGUGGAAGAUAUGACAAGUUACUCUGGCUCAACAUUUUCAAUGAAGGAGAAAAUUACAAGGGCAAAAGCCAAUGCUACAAGCCUCGCCUACCCAGAGCAAAUCGAACAGCCGCUGACAUCCCGCAUCGCCCUUGUGGUCUCUGAAGGCGAAGGGCGAUCGAUGAGAGAGGUCGAAAUCAUCUACUGGGCCGACUUGUACAAGACAACAAAAAGUUUUAAAUUCCAACUGCGCUUUUUUUGUCCUAAAAUCCGAGCUACUAUAAUGUUAUUUAUUAUAUACUAUAUUCAGUAG